CCCAGCACGAAGCAUACUAAUUGUCGAAAGGGGCCAAGCGGAACCCAUGGACCUGUCAAGGGCCUGGCGCGGCAGUGAACGACAAACCCGACUUCUCAAAGCUCGCGCCAUCUCCGCCGCGCUCUCCUUUGUAGCCCACUUAACGCGCGGCCCAGCACCUCAAGUGCGCAGCCAGUGCCUCACCCUAGUCGCUCGCGCUGCACGGCUCGCCGCCGCGCGCUAGAGACGUCUGGAGAGCAAAUCCAGCAGCACAGAGCCCCCCACAGCACGCGACGGCGGCGCCCACCUGACCACACGAUUCGUACGCAGGCGCAAGGAUGGCCGAGAACGUGCUAGGCGCCCUCGCGGACCUCCAGGAGGAAAGCAAGCCCGAGCCGAAGGAAGGAACUAACGAAGCCGUCAGCUCGGUCAUCAAAGUGGAGACGCCCAACGCCACGUCGGUCUUGUUUUGCGGUAGCGCGGACUUCGCCGCCGCGGCCAAGGGCGCGAGCGGCAAGGCCCAACAGAAAAAAGACGGCGCGAACGGUGAGGAGUUCCGCGCGCCGGUGAUUAUCGCCUCGUUGAACGACAAGAAGGUGCGGUAUUUGAGCGUGGGGCCGUCGGCGGGCCAUAUCGUCGCAUUAACCGGAGAAGGGACUUAUGCAUGGGGUUUGAACGGCAACGGGCAGCUCGGGCUGGGCGCCAAAGGUGGCUACGUCCACCCCGGGCCCGUGCGGGCGAAGCUGUGGGACGUGGACGGCGACACGCCCAUUGCCGUGGCGGCCGGCAACCGGCACACGCUCGUGUUGUACGCGUCCGGUACGAUACUAUCUUGCGGCGCCGGCGAGCGCGCGCAGCUCGGUUUAGGUCAUAAGGGCGCCGCUUUGAACGAUCAAAACAAGCCCCAGAAAGUACCGAUCGAAGCCAAAGUAGCCUGCAUCGCCGCGGGCCACGACUACUCCCUAUGCGCUGAUGAAGGUGGUGCUUUAUACUCGUGGGGCUGGUCCGAGUACGGUAAAUUGGGCACGGGCACGGACGGGUCCUACAACACGCGGGACUCGUCCAUCAAGAUCACGUAUACGGCCACGGAUAUCUCCAAAAUACCCAUGGAAGGUAAAAUUAUACAAGUCUCGGCGGGCAAGCACCACGCUGCUUGUCUGACGGACGAAGGUUUGGGAUAUACCUGGGGCGACAAUGGGUAUGGCAAGCUCGGGCACCGGGACCAGAAGCAGCGGAACGCACCUACACGCGUCCAGGGCGCGAGGUUCUCCACGCUCUUAUGUGGCGACGUCUCGACCGCAGGAUUAGGCUGGCCCGAGUAUCAAGGAAGACCCUUCUCCAAACAGAGUGGAGAUGGAUUGGUCUGGGUCUGGGGCGUCCUCAAAGGGUCGAACGGCGAGGGCGCGACGCACCCCGUGCCGAAUUAUGAUGUGCAGGGCUGGGCCAUCGACAAAUCUAACUUCGCGCUGGGCGGCACGCACUGCGCGCUGAGUGGCGAGGGCGCCGGCGUGGCCUGGGCCUUUUCGCCCGUCGCGUUCGGCCAACUGGGAUUUGGCCCCAACGGCGUCAAGUCGUCGCACACGGCGAACAAGAUGGACGUGGGGGAGGGCCUGGUGGCGCGGCAGGUUGUGGCCAGCGUGGGCCAGACGCAUUUACUGGUCGAUUCCGAGACGGCCAAGGGCGUGGAGACGUGGGAGCCGCCCACGGAACCAUUGCCUGCGCCGGCGACGAAGCCGCGCGGGCCGCCGCCCAAGAAGAAGGCCCGCUCGUAGAUGUCCCGCCUAAGGAGGACUGUGGCCUG